AUGGCUGUUUGCACCAACGGUCUACGUGCCUCCGUACGCCAGAAUGCCGUAAAUACUUUGAUAACUUUGAAGAAACUUGCGGGUACUCUCUGUCAAGGCGGUGUCGACCUUAUUUUUGAACGUUUACUCCCGGGUAAACAAAGAUUCCCCGAGGAAUGUAAUCAAUUUCGUGAGCUUAUCUGGAAUCAUCCUUGUGAACGACGAAUGCGAGAUGCCGGUGAAGAGAGGAGAGCCUUGGAGCAGCCAUUCCUCAGUGAACCAAUCCCACCAUACAAGAAUAUGUCACUGAAGCGUACUACCAGGACGCCAUUAUCGGAUCAAAUCCGUCAACUGAAAUCAGAAUUGAGCUUUGAAUUAGGUACACGUGAAGUGCUUCGUACAGCUACUUGUGAUUCUGCCUUAAAUGAUGUUUGCUUGCGGCAUGUAUCUUGUCGACAGCUAUGGAAAUUAUUUCGGUCAAGUUGUGGCGUUGAUCAGGAUAAUCGUUGCACUAUGGCUGAUCGAGAUACCUGCUGGCAAUCUUUCGAGGGUCUUUCAUGGACAGGUCUAGGAAAUUGUCAUUGUGACUCGGAUAAUUCGGAUUGUCACUGGAUCCGACUGCAUACGAAUUACAAUAAAUGCAUUCACGAUAUUGCUGCAUCCGGACAAAUUCCGCGAAGUAUCCAUGCUUCCGGAACCCAUGCUCAUCAAGCUCACCAUCAUCAUCAACAUGAGCGUAGACCACAGGUUAAAUAUGUGGAACCAGAGGAUACCCGUCGUAUAGCUCCAGCGGUAGUAGCACCACCAGCAGCACCGAUCACUUCAGCUCCUACCGCA